UUCAGAUUUAAAGUGUACGACAAUGAAGUUAGCUCUGUUGCUGAUUGUGUCCUUGUGUCUGUUCCAUUUGACGGACGCACGGAGACGCAAGAAUAGAAACCGGGGUCCGCGGAAAUCUCUCGAGGAAAGACUGAAAAUGCGUGUCGAGAAAGGCCUGUUUAAAGUUUGCGGCGCCGUCGAGCUUUUGGACGAGUUGGAGUUCAAUGAAUCUGACCUGCCAGAGACGACUAAUCUACCAUUUGAACAGAGUACAUCAAAUGGAGCAACUGAUUCACCAAUUGAAGCUGGGCCGACGGCGGGCUACUCGAACGGGCCGACGGCGGGCUACUCGAACGGGCCGACGGCGGGCUACUCGAACGGGCCGACGGGGCCGACGGCGGGCUACUCGAACGGGCCGACGGCGGGCUACUCGAACGGGCCGACGGCGGGCUACUCGAACGGGCCGACGGCGGGCUACUCGAACGGGCCGACGGCGGGCUACUCGAACGGGCCGACGGGGCCGACGGCGGGCUACUCGAACGGGCCGACGGCGGGCUACUCGAACGGGCCGACGGAAGGCUACUCGAACGGGCCGACGGAAGGCUACUCGAACGGGCCGAUGGAAGGCUACUCGAACGGGCCGAUGGAAGGCUACUCGAACGGGCCGACGGAAGGCUACUCGAACGGGCCGACGGAAGGCUACUCGAACGGGCCGACGGCGGGCUACUCGAACGGGCCGACGGCGGGCUACUCGAACGGGCCGACGGCGGGCUACUCGAACGGGCCGACGGCGGGCUACUCGACGGGGCCGACGGCGGGCUACUCGAACGGGCCGACGGGGCCGACGGCGGGCUACUCGAACGGGCCGACGGGGCCGACGGCGGGCUACUCGAACGGGCCGACGGGGCCGACGGCGGGCUACUCGAACGGGCCGACGGGGCCGACGGCGGGCUACUCGAACGGGCCGACGGGGCCGACGGCGGGCUACUCGAACGGGCCGACGGGGCCGACGGCGGGCUACUCGAACGGGCCGACGGGGCCGACGGCGGGCUACUCGAACGGGCCGACGGGGCCGACGGCGGGCUACUCGAACGGGCCGACGGGGCCGACGGCGGGCUACUCGAACGGGCCGACGGCGGGCUACUCGAACGGGCCGACGGCGGGCUACUCGAACGGGCCGACGGCGGGCUACUCGAACGGGCCGACGGCGGGCUACUCGAACGGGCCGACGGCGGGCUACUCGAACGGGCCGACGGCGGACUACUCGAACGGGCCGACGGCGGGCUACUCGAACGGGCCGACGGGCGUGUCGAAUGCGCCUGGUAUGGUACCCGUCCUAGGUAGCGGCGGGGGUUUCUCGCAGUCCCCGUCAUUUCCCGUGAAGCGAGGAAGGAACAGGAACAGGAACCGAAUGAGCAGGGUCAACGAGACCGAAGUCCUCCGCCUCUUGGACACGGGACUGAUGGACAUCCUCCACGAGACGUGCGAUAACGAAGUGUUCCAGGACGCUCGACCACCACCCAUGAGAGGCAGCCGGUUCGGGCGACUUCCAGACGCUAUGAAAAUUGACAGAUUGAAGGGCUUCGUUGUAAGGAAAACCUUCAAGUUGUGCAUCUUCGGCAAACGUCUGGAAAAUCUGCCGGUUAAUAGUGAAUAUCUCGACCUGUUGGAUGAAGCCUGCGACUUCUUGGAAAAUUCUCGAGAGGAACCCACGACGCCAAAGCCUGAAGUUUUCACUUCAACAUCGGAAACAGAAUCAAACUUCUCAAGCGAAAACCCGGUCAAUGCCAGAGCCUUGUCGCACAAACCUGAUACGGUAUUGCUGUUGACCAAUAUAUGUCGCGAGAUUUUCAGCCUGAACGAGAAUACCGUUUUUUCAACCCUGCACAAGCUUCUACCCGAGGAUUCCAAGAUGGUGACGAGCGUCAAGGAAGGACUGAUGUCCGUGUGCCGCAUUCUACUGGACGUCAUCAAGAAAGACCACUUGUUGUGAAGUCGCAAAAUGUUCUCUCGACUUCAAAAGAACUUUGGGUAGCGGAAUUUUAUGAAUAAAAAAAGAAUUGCAGA